AUGGAGACUGAAGUGCAAAUGAUACUUUAUGAAGAUGAUUCAGUGCAAGUACAAUAUAUUGAUGGUUCCAGGUUGCAGAUUUCUCCCUGUGGCUCUGAAUUUUUAUUUGAAAAGGCACCUCCUGUUUCAGCACAUCCUUUAGAACAACCGGAAAGAAUUCGUCAAAGAACACACUUUGUUAUUAGCACUUACCGAGAGCAUUUACAGCGAGCCUUAGAUUUUCGAAAUUCUUCUGCUAUUUAUCCUUUUUUAUCUGAAAGCUUCAUACCUUCUGACAGGAAAAAGCGUAUCUUCAUUGACAUCUCAGAUGUGACGUGGCCCAGUCCUGAUGCAGAUGAUGGCAUGAUCUCUGUGCAGGAGUCAUCUGUGACAGUGUCAUCUUUAGAUGGUCAUGCAUACCUUUGUGUGCCCAAAUCGCAGCAUGAAUUCACAGUACAUUUUUUGUGUAAAGUAAGCCAGAAGCCAGACUCAACUAAUGUAUUGUCAAAAAAAAAUAAUCAAGCCAGAAAGGACAAGCUAGUUGAAAAAGGAGGUAAAAUCUACACAUACGGCCAUUUAUCGGGACAGAAACUGGAGAAUAAAGAAAAUGAGCUUUAUGGCCAGAUUGUGAAAUCCAGAGAACCUUUUGAGAAGAGCUGUGUAACUGGAACUGAAGGGAGGAAGGAGCUGCCUUCACCUGGUAUGAAAUCCACAUGUGUGUACACGUGGGUAAAGCAGCACUGGUCUGUGGCCUCCUGCCCAGAGCAAUGGAAAUACCCUUUGUCUUUAGCACUUCGUUUUCAUCAUAAAAUCAGCAGUAUGUCAAGAAGUGAUGCAGAUACCACCCAAACUAGCAUUGUAACUUCUGAGAUUUCAGAAGAAAGAGGAAAAGCAAUUUCUGUUCUUCCUAAUGCCCUGUUACUCAGCUGCCCUGCCCCACACCUGCACAGGUGGGAUUUUUGUGACUCAUUUUCACAGAGGCAGUCUGAUGAAGAAGAAUAUUCCUACCCUGAACUAGUGAAAGUGGUUUGGUACAAAGGCAUUACAUACAGACUUACUCAUAAAAAUGUGAACUCAAUAGAGAUUCUUCCUGGAGAUGGUUCUAUUUUCAAAUCAGAAGGAACUUAUUUGGGAAAAUAUUUUACAUAUUAUUCCACUCAAGGAGGAUCAGAAGAGAAACAAGAGAAAACUUAUUCAGUAAGUAACCUUCCUCCAGAUAGACCAGGAAGUCUCUUCUCUGUGUCUUCUGUAAUUAAACAGGCAACCAAAAUUCUUCAACAUUGUGCCAAGAUGAGACUUUCUUUAAGCCAUAACUAUCAUAUAUGUUGCUGGAAAAUGGCACCUGGGAUGAGUGACAGCAAUAUAGUGCCCGUACUUUUGAAAGAAUCAUUCAUACCCAGCGUGGGAAGAUUUCUGGCAUACUCUGAUGAUGUGGUACAUGCUGUCUUUUUAGAUGGCAUUACGCUCACUCUAAAUUGGAAUUUGGGCUCUUUAAUUGAAAUGAAACAGGUAAAUCGAGGCCUCAAUUUAGGGUGGUGUAAGUUAACUUUUCCUGAUGGACAAGAUCAGUUAAUUCAGAUUGAGCACACUGGACCAUAUGAAAGAUAUGUGACAACAGUAAUAUCGUGGUGCAGAAGACUGACCCAGACUAAGCAGAGAGAGAUGCUCACACAUCCUUUACCUCCUGUUCUUGAAGAAAACUGGUCUAUAGAUUCUGAACUUGAAAAGAUAAAGAAGUUUAACUUGUUAUUAGAGGACAGUGGUAUCUUAAGCAAGACUUCUGACAAGAAGAAUGAACAGUCUCCUGAUCAUGAUAAACUGAAACCUUCAGAUAUUUUGCUAGAAGAUAAUAAAAAGAGUGUGUCAGUGGCACUGAAAAAAACCUCUGAAAUUCUUCAAGAUAUUGACUGUCUUCUAUCAAAAUCUAAAAAGUGAAAAGUGGAAUUAUUACAAUGUACUACUAAACCUUAAGAAUGAUGUCUCAAGUGACUGGUAUAAAAUUACU